ACAUUGUUGGGGCUGUAACCGGAGCCCUGCAGGCUGCAGCAGGAAUCACUCAGGCCUAUUAUGACUAUUCUUAGACCUUUUGUUGCGUUGUCAGUGGUCUGCAGUCCCAGAUCAAGCUGACGACAUGUGGAAGGUCAAACCUCCUGUUGUGUUUCCCAUGGAGACGAGGUACCGGUGCAUCUUGGAGAACUUGGUUCCCCCUGACCCCAUGUCCCAAUUCCACCUGAGGAGGGGUUCUCCAGAAGAAGAGUUUCCUGACCUGUGCAGAAACUUUACCUGGAUGGGGCGGAUCCUCACGCCUGCCAUGUACCGCCGACAGUUCGACCGCUGCACCCCCAGUGGAGUCAUGUUUGAUGAUGUCAUCCGUCUUGGCAUCGAGGAACCAGGUGAAUGGUGCGGUCCUGUGACGGUCGGGUGUCUGGCAGGCGACGCCCAGUCCUACAUUCUGUUCUGCGACUUCUUUGAUCGAAUCAUUGAAGCCUAUCAUGAGCACAAAGUCACCAGCAAGACCCCAGAGAGUGACUCCAACUAUGACAACUUGAAGGGAGGUGAUGAUCUAGACAGAUCCUUCGCGGUCUACUGUGAGGUUAGCGUCACACGAGCAGUCGAGGACUUCUGUUUUCCGUCACACUGCAGCCGGGGAGAGCGCAGACACCUCCUCUCACUGGCCAGGAGAGCUCUGCAGAAACUCGAGGCUGAACUUCCAGGACAACUCUUCCUAUUGGAGGAGCUGAGCCGGCAGCAGCAGGCGGAGAUGAAGGCGGCGUCUCCAACCUCCUUGCAGCUCCGUUGUGGAGUGGCGCGGGACUGGCCUGACGCCAGAGCAGUCUGGUUAAGUCAAGAUGGCAGGUUGGUGAUCUGGGUCAACAUAGACGAUCAUCUCAGACUGGUGUCACAUCGGGACGACGCCAACGUGGCUGAAGCUUUUAAAAGAGUCUUCAUAAACCUGCAGAAGCUGGAGGACCACUACAGAGCGCUGAAACACCCGUUCAUCUGGAAGCAGCAGCUGGGAUGGGUCACCAGCUCCCCAGCUGAUGUGGGAACAGGUCUGAAAGUCAGCAUCCAUCUGAAGCUGCAGCUUCUUCCCCAGCACAAACGUCUCCCUGACGUCCUGACGAGACUGAAGAUCUGCAUGGAAAAAACAGAAUCCCCAGAGGUCUACAGCGUGAGAAACAUUGCGACCUUUGGGCAGACUGAGGUGGAGCUGACUCAGCUGGUGGUGGACGGGGUCAAACUGCUCAUCGCCAUGGAGAAGCGGCUGCAGGCCAGCGCAGACAUCCACGAGCUCCUUCCCUCACACAAGUAGAUCUGGAGGAUUAAUGAGCGACUCUGAAAGGACUGAAAUUCCCAAAUAUCAUUUGUGUUUUACUCGUCGUUUUGUAGCAAAAGAAUCACACGGUUACUCACGAAUAUGAAAAUCAAUUAGAAAUUUUACAAAUAAAAACCACAUUUGUGAGAGUUUGCACCCUUUUUUUCCAGUUUUUGAUGAAAAACCAGUCUUUUCCUCAUUGGUUAAAGCAGUUUUCUUCACUUUUAAGCUUUUAUUUGAAUCCUUCAUUCAGUUUCAAGUGUUUUUUUUUUUUUAUGUUUACAGCUGAACUACUGUGACAGUUUAAUGUGAACCCGGUCUUUUUAGGUCUGCUAUCUUGAAUUUUCAAAAAAUAAAAAUAAUAAUAUUCACUUUAAGAACCUUUUCUAAAUUGAAACUCCUCGUUUCGAUUAAUCACCACAUGAUCUCUCAAGCAUCAUUGGGAAGCUACUAAUGUUGGUCUUUGUAGUUUUAGAUUUGAACUGUUGCUGCAAACUCUGUAAAUGAGAAAAUUGUGCUCAUUUGCAUGGUGAGCUCUCAGAAGUGGCUUUUUCCAGUUGCUCGCACAUUUGUAAGAAAUGUAAUACAUGAAUUGUUGACUCAAGCUAUAAUAAAUCAUAUGACAUAUAAUAUAACUUUAA